GGUCUUUGCGGCACGCAUGAACAGUAGUCGAACUACCACACCUGGGUCUUUUGUUUUUGACAACUGUUCACUCGUCCUAAGCAGUAUGAAGGGGCCGGCGUCCAACAAUUUUCAGCCUGUCUGUCCAGGUUCACAGCAAAAUGUUAGACAGUAGUGUAACAAUGGCUAAUAAAAAUUAUGUGAAAAAUAACCUUGGAAUCAGGACUCAAUGUUACUUGAGACAAGAAUCUUUCAACAAUUAAUCGUCUCAUGAAAUUCAAGAAAAUAAUUAUACUGGAGAGAAACCUUACAAGUGUAGAUUCUGUGGCAAGACUUUUAUACCACCAAUUAAGUUCUUACAGCAUUCAGUAAAAAUGUACAUAGGAGAGAGACCUCACAAGUGUAGAUUAUGUGAAAAGACUUUAAAAGACAAAAAUUCUUGCAUACGUCAUGAGAGAAUUCACACAGGAGAGAGACCUUUCAAGUGUAGAUUCUGUCACAAAACUUUUACUCAAAAAGGACAUUGCACAGAGCAUGAGAGAAUUCAUACUGGAGUCAAACCUUACAAGUGUAGAUUCUGUGACAAAACUUUUACUCAAAAAGGACAUUGCACAGAGCAUGAGAGAAUUCAUACUGGAGUCAAACCUUACAAGUGUAGAUUCUGUGACAAAACUUUUAUAGACAAAACUUCUUGCAUAGUGCAUGAAAGAAUUCACACAGGAGAGAAACCUUACGGUUGUAGAUUCUGUGACAAAACUUUUACAGACAAUGCUGUUUGCAUAUGUCAUGAGAGAAUUCACACAGGAGAGAGACCUUUCAAGUGUAGAUUCUGUCACAAAACUUUUACUCAAAAAGGACAUUGCACAGAGCAUGAGAGAAUUCAUACUGGAGUCAAACCUUACAAGUGUAGAUUCUGUGACAAAACUUUUACUCAAAAAGGACAUUGCACAGAGCAUGAGAGAAUUCAUACUGGAGUCAAACCUUACAAGUGUAGAUUCUGUGACAAAACUUUUAUAGACAAAACUUCUUGCAUAGUGCAUGAAAGAAUUCACACAGGAGAGAAACCUUACGGUUGUAGAUUCUGUGACAAAACUUUUACAGACAAUGCUGUUUGCAUAUGUCAUGAGAGAAUUCACACAGGAGAGAGACCUUUCAAGUGUAGAUUCUGUCACAAAACUUUUACUCAAAAAGGACAUUGCACAGAGCAUGAGAGAAUUCAUACUGGAGUCAAACCUUACAAGUGUAGAUUCUGUGACAAAACUUUUACUCAAAAAGGACAUUGCACAGAGCAUGAGAGAAUUCAUACUGGAGUCAAACCUUACAAGUGUAGAUUCUGUGACAAAACUUUUAUAGACAAAACUUCUUGCAUAGUGCAUGAAAGAAUUCACACAGGAGAGAAACCUUACGGUUGUAGAUUCUGUGACAAAACUUUUACAGACAAUGCUGUUUGCAUAUGUCAUGAGAGAAUUCACACAGGAGAGAGACCUUACAAGUGUAGAUUCUGUGACAAAACUUUUACUCAAAAAGGCCAUUGCACUGAGCAUGAAAGAAUUCAUACUGGAGACAAACCUUACAAGUGUAGUUUCUGUGACAAAACUUUUAGAGACAGAGCUUCUUGCAUAAAGCAUGAAAGAAUUCACAUAGGAGAGAAACCUUACAAGUGCAGAUUUUGUGACAAAACUUUCACUCUAAAAAGUUAUUGCAACGUGCAUGAAAGAAUUCACAUAGGAGAGAAACCUUACAAGUGCAGCUUCUGUGACAAAACUUUUACAGUCAAAACUUCUUGCAUACAGCAUGAAAGAAUUCACACAGGAGAGAAACCUUACAAGUGCAGAUUCUGUGACAAAACUUUUACUCAAAACAGUCAUUGCAAUGUGCAUGAAAGAAUUCAUACCAGAGACAAACCUUACAAGUGUAGUGUCUGUGACAAAACUUUUAAAGAAAACAAAUCUUGCACAGAGCACGAAAGAAUUCACACAGUAGAGAAACUUUACAAGUGUAGAUUCUGUGAGGAAACUUUUUCUCAAAAAGGCCAAUGCAGUGCGCAUGAAAUAAUUCACACAGGAGAGAAAAAUUACAAGUGCAGUUUCUGUCACAAAACUUUUAAAGACAAAAAAAAUUGCAUAUAUCACAAGAGGAUUCACACAGGAGAGAAACUUUCUAAGUGCAGAUAUUGUGGCAAAACUUUUACUCAAAAAAGUCAUUGCAACAUGCAUGAAAGAAUUCAUACCGGUGACAGACCUUACAAGUGUAGUUUCUGUCACAAAUCUUUUAAAGACAAAUAUUCUUGCAUAGAGCAUGAAAGAAUUCACACAGGAGAGAAACCUUACAAGUGUAGAUUCUGUUACAAAAAUUUUACUCAAAAAAGCCAUUGCACUGUGCAUGAAAGAAUUCAUACUGGAGACAAACCUUACAAGUGUAGAUUCUGUGAGGAAACUUUUACACUAAAAAAAUCUUGCAAACUUCAUGAAAAAAAUCACACCGGAGACAAACAUUUGAAAUUUUAAAGAGAAAAAAAAUUGCAUAUAUCAUGAGAGAAUUCACACAAGAGAGAAACUUUUAAAGUGAAGAUUCUGUGACAAAACUUCUAAAGACAAAAUUGCUUGCAUUGAACAUGAAAGAAUUCACACAGGAGAGAAACCUUACAAGUGUAGAUUCUGUGAGGAAUCUUUUACACUAAAAAAAUCUUGCAAACUUCAUGAAAAAAAUCACACCAGAGACAAACAUUUGAAGCGUAGACUUGCUGCAAAAUCUUUCACUACAAAAGGAAAUUGCACUUACCAUGAAACAAUUUACACUGGAGACAAAACUUUUAAGCAAGGUUUUUGCACUGUCCAUGAAACAAUUCAUACAGUUGGAGAAAAGCAUGAUACAUGCAAGUUCUGUGACAAAGAGUUCAUAACAAAAUUGGCCUGCAUUAGCCUUAAAAGAAUUUGUGAGAAACCAGACAAAUGUGGAGUAGAAUUUAAUCAAGGGAAUAAUUGCAGAACACACAAAACAACAUACAACAAAAGAAAACACAGUUCAAAUAAUAUAUAUGGAACUUAAGGCAAUGAAGAUGAGCCUAACAAUGCUCCAGAUUCAGAGGGGGAGACAGAUGAAAUAAGAAAUGUGGAAAAUAAACUGACAAACAAUAAUGCCAUAACCUAUCACAUAUACAAGGAAGAAAGAACAGAAUUCUAUCAUAAAGAUGAUGACACUUUUACCACAGAGAAUGUCACCAUCAUUACUGACAAUGAUGUCUAUGAAAUACUGGCAUGAAAAGGACCACGCCAGGUCUCAUCACAACAAUUAUGAAUAAUUCUUUCUACAACAUUUAAUGAUAUGUUCAGAUGACAAAAAAAAAAGAAAAAAAAAGAAAAACUUUUACCUUAUAAUUUUGUUAUUUUUAGACAACCUAGGAAUAAUCAUAUGUAACUGCUUCAAUUCUUAUUUGUUCAGUGAUUAUCAACAAUUAUUACUUUUAUUCUGUGUAGGUUCAGUUUUCAUCAGAUCAUUUACUUCCAUGAUCAGACACAUUAUCUAUGACAGAUCAUAUAUAAUAAAAGAACUGUACUUAGUCAAAUACAUGAUAUUACACUAGAAAAUGCCUCUCUUCUAUCUUUAUUGUUGAAAACAGAUAGAGAAAUAGACAAGUGUUUCAUUUUCAUUUAUUUUAUGUGUUUACUAAAUGAAAACAAUUUAAAUCAUUUCAUUUUUUAUCAAAUUUAUAUAUAUUCAAUGACUUUGUCACAGAAUAAACAGUUAAAGAUGCAUACAAAGUCAUUUUUGUCACAAAAACCAACCAAAUGCCAGCAUAUAGUUUCAAG